AUGGAGCUCGAUGAGAUGGAGGAAGACCUGAAGUCCUUCGGUGUUCUGAAAAGCGAGAAAAGAAAGCAUGAAAGACUAAAAGCGACAAUAUAUCGAGUGCGGAACUCAGUGACGGUUGUUUUUGAUAAAGAGCGCCAUGAAAAGCGCCUGACAAAGCUGCGCGAAAGCACCAUGGAUAUACAUACGCUCCGAAUACAAACAGAGGAGCUGUUGAAGAAAAGGUCAAACACAUCCAGUCCAUCGCAACUUCGAAAAAGGUUGCCGCAUCAGUAUUCCUCCGUCCAAAAAGUAUCGCAAACCCUACACGAAGCUCUGUCCAAUGCGUGGGUUUGUCCAUACACGGGACAUAAGACCCAUUAUGGAAGGCUCUGCGUCGAAGCUCAGGUGCAAGAUAUGGUUCGACUUGAUCUAGCCCUGUCUUACAAGCCGUAUCAGCACAACACUGACUCAAAUACGAGAAAUGAAAAAUACGAUGAUCAUGUUUGGGUUUACGUUCAAUCAUCCAAAAUUCAGACUACAUCCGUGGGACCGAUGCAAGAAAAGUUGAUCGACACUAUCUCUCCUUAUGACGGCCUCGCAUCAGCUCUUUAUUUAAACCAGACAGAUGCAGAUUCAUCUCUUACUUUCCAGCGCGUGACUCAGUCGUGA